AUGUGCGACCUUAAAAAAACACUGGACGCAGGCGGGCACUGCGUUCUGGAGAUGCCAUCAGGAACGGGGAAAACAGUCUCGCUGCUCUCACUCAUCGUUGCAUACCAACAACACAAUCCCGAGCACAGAAAACUGAUCUAUUGCUCUCGUACCAUGUCUGAGAUCGAGAAGGCCUUGGCCGAACUGAAGGCCCUCAUGAAGUACCGAGCACAAGAGCUCGGCGAAGAGGAGGAGUUCCGCGGCCUGGGACUGACAAGUAGAAAAAACCUGUGUCUACAUCCUUCGGUCAAGCAGGAGAAGAGUGGUGCCAUCGUCGAUGCUCGCUGCCGGAGUCUCACAGCUGGGUUCGUUAAGGAGAAGAAGGAUCGUGGAGAGAAUGUUGACGUCUGUGUCUACCACGAUAACCUGGACCUUCUGGAGCCACACAAUCUGAUCCCCAACGGUGUCUGGACGUUCGACGGCCUCUUGAAAUAUGGCGAGCAGCACAAGCAGUGCCCUUACUUCACCGCGAGGCGCAUGAUGCAAUUCUGUAACGUCAUCAUCUACUCCUACCACUACCUUCUGGAUCCCAAGAUCGCCGAAAGGGUGUCUCGGGAACUAUCAAAAGACUGCAUUGUGGUCUUUGAUGAGGCUCACAACAUUGACAACGUCUGCAUCGAAUCACUCAGUACAGACAUCACGGAAGACUCCCUGCGAAAAGCCACAAGAGGAGCACAGAAUCUGGAACGGAAGAUCGCUGAGAUGAGGGAUACCGACCAAGAGCAGCUGCAGAAUGAAUACCAAAAGUUGGUUGAGGGCCUCCGUGGCGCCGAUGAGGCGCGGCAGGAAGAUGCCUUCAUGUCGAAUCCAGCACUGCCCGACGACUUGCUCAAGGAGGCGGUUCCGGGUAACAUCAGGAGGGCCGAACACUUUGUGUCAUUCCUGAAGAGAUUCAUUGAGUAUCUCAAGACCCGCAUGAAGGUCAGGCACACGAUAUCAGAGACGCCCCCAUCCUUUCUCGCCCAUCUCAGGGAGUAUACCUUCAUCGAGAAAAAGCCUCUGAGAUUCUGUGCCGAGAGGCUCACGUCGCUUGUGCGGACCCUUGAGCUUACCAAUAUUGAAGAUUAUCAACCUCUUCAGGAAGUCGCCACCUUUGCGACUCUUGUCGCAACGUACGAGAAGGGUUUUCUGCUCAUCCUCGAGCCUUUCGAGUCGGAGACAGCAGAGGUGCCCAACCCGGUGCUGCAUUUCACGUGUCUUGAUGCCGCCAUCGCGAUCAAGCCAGUUUUUGACAGAUUCAGCUCCGUCAUCAUCACGUCAGGAACCAUGUCUCCGCUUGAAAUGUACCCCAAGAUGCUGGGGUUCUCGACCGUGGUCCAGGAAUCUUACAGCAUGACCCUGGCAAGGAGGUCGUUCCUGCCCAUGAUUGUUACCCGCGGAAGUGACCAGUCUUCCAUCUCCACCAGUUUCCAGGUCCGAAACGAACCAAGUGUUGUCCGAAAUUACGGCACUCUCCUCACCGAGUUUGCCAAGAUCACACCGGACGGCAUGGUUGUUUUCUUCCCGUCCUAUCUUUAUAUGGAGUCCAUCAUCAGCAUGUGGCAGGGCAUGAACAUUCUCGAAGAGGUUUGGAAGUACAAGCUUAUCCUCGUCGAGACGCCCGACGCACAGGAGACGUCACUUGCGCUAGAGACUUACCGGACAGCCUGUUGCAAUGGCCGCGGCGCCGUCCUACUUUGUGUCGCCCGAGGCAAGGUCUCGGAAGGCAUCGAUUUCGACCAUCAGUACGGCAGAACUGUCUUGUGCAUAGGUGUGCCGUUCCAGUACACCGAAUCGCGAAUACUCAAAGCGAGGCUCGAGUUCUUGCGCGAGACGUACCGUAUUCGCGAGAACGACUUCUUGUCCUUCGAUGCCAUGCGCCACGCCGCACAGUGUCUGGGUCGCGUUCUAAGAGGCAAGGACGACUACGGUAUCAUGGUCCUCGCAGACCGCCGAUUCCAGAAGAAGCGCGCGCAGCUGCCCAAGUGGAUCAACCAAGGCCUACUCGACGCCGACACGAACGUAAGCACGGACAUGGCCGUCAGCAGCGCCCGGCGCUUCCUCAAGCAGAUGGCGCAGCCGUUCCGGGCAAAGGAUCAGGAGGGCGUGAGCACCUGGAGCUACGAGGACUUGAUGAGGCACAAGGAGAAAAUGGACUUGGAGCGCAUCCAGGAGCUGGAGGAGGCCGGCGGCGGCGGUGGAGAUGGCUACGGGGCCGACGGUGGAGACGAAUACGGCAUGGACGACGAUCUUGACAACGACUUGAUGGAGAUUGACGACGGGUUCUGA